CGGGAACAAUCGCAACCGGGCAAACGGUGUCAAUCACGUGGACAGGGGCCAACUUUCUUGGAACAAACCGCCCUCGCAGAGAUUGAACGGCUAAUCAAGCAAAAUACGUGUCCUUGGUGAGCUGUCACAGAUUUACUCAUAUAUCAAAGAGCGGUCCGCUUGGCUACAUUUCAUCUCACACUCAGUUCCAGAUUUCAACAGUUUCCACCCGUCCUCUUAAUGUGCUUCCUCAACUGCAUCGUAUGCUCAUGCAACGCAAUCUACCACGACCCUAACAUACGACUAUGUGUCCAAAAACGCGGGCUCCGACCCGGAAACUGCCCAGGCUGGAAGACCGCUAUCACAUACGUAAACGUACCUUGUCCAGACUGUCCUCCGCACCACCCCUUCCCCCCUCCCCUCCAACACUUCUCUCUCUUCGUAGGCGAAGACCCUACCGAUCUCUUCGGGGUGCCAUCGCCCGAGCACCGUCACUCCAGGUCGCGAGCCGAUGUCCCUCUCUAUCAAAGGCACGUCACCAUGGAGCAUGACGUCUUCCCGGAACCGACUCACGAGCCCCCUCCUCCACCGCCAAUCCCACCUGAGCUCAUCCGCGACCCGUUUCCGAACCUCGUGGAUCCGACGCCUGAGAUUCUUGCGGACUUCUACGCGCAUGAGAAUGCAGAGCUUGCGCGAUUACGUGCGGUUAUAGCUCCCUCGGUUGCGGGGUACUCACCCCCACCGUUUAAUCCUCCGCGAUGGCGUAGUGUGCGUUCUGCUGCCGGCGAUGAUUGGAGUCGCGAUACCGCAUCGGUUUCUUCAAAUGGGAGUGGAUCCUGGCCUUCGCAGAAUCAGAUUGCGGUUCCGGGUAGUCCGCAGAGCAUCUCACCGGGGAAUAGUGUUUCGACAUCACCUAGUAGCUCGGAUGAUUCAGUUCAAGCACAGCAUGGAUCUCCGCGACCUCGAUCUAGGCAGGCAGGGGGUUACAUGCCAGAUCGUGGGGGGUUGUUUCCUUAUUUCGCACCGUUUCAUCAUUCGCAUUUUGGCAUGUAGGCAAAGAUGAUAGAGGAAGCGACAUUGAACCCAAGGCUAGAAUACUACGCGACGAAAGUGCUCAGACGAUACUACAAUGAGAAUGCAGUCCAGCCGCUGGAAGAGAGCAGACAAGCUAAUUCAGGAUCUACCGUGG